CGACAUGGUCAUCCUACAGGAGGAGGAGGAGGAGGCGCAGCAUAUGGGGGCAGUACCGACUACAAGUACCACUAUCACCAAGUCCUUGGAGACAAUUCUACCCAAAAAUGUAACGGAGGAAUCACCAGUGCUGCUAGAGAAAGCGACGCCCAAACGACAUGUCUCCAAUGGAACAGAGGGUGUCGUGAAAAAACAACCGGCAAACACAGUGGGCGCUAAUAACAUAUCAACACCUCAACGUCAUGUCUCCAAAGGAGCAGAAAGUGCUGCCACAAGUCUUCGCCGCCACAGAUUUGAAACGUCAUUCCCAGCACUUCCGGAGGGAACUCAGUGGCGGAAAGAAGUAUUUGCGAGGCAGCACGAAUUACUAGAAAUGCAAAUGGAGACAGAGGCCAUGCGGCAUGAGUUGCUGAGUGCACAACUGGCAGAAGCUCAAACAAAAAUGGCAGAAGCUCAAACUAGAGCAAGAAUUGCUCUGCUUGAGGAAGAGGUCCUCAAAAAUAAGUUAGCGAAAUAAAAAUAAACCGGCAGUAAUUUAAUACUUUUG